AACAAAAGCAAAUCAGCAGUCAGUUAGUUCAGUUCGUCGUGACCGAAGGACGCCUUUAUAAAAGCGCAACAUCGAAUAGUUGGAUCAUUUUACUGGAGAGAACUGUUUAUUGUAUCUAAAGAUGUCUGGAAGAGGAAAGACUGGUGGUAAGACACGUGCCAAGGCUAAAACCCGCUCUUCACGAGCUGGGCUGCAGUUCCCAGUCGGCCGUGUUCACAGGCUUUUGAGGAAAGGCAACUAUGCUGAGCGUGUGGGCGCUGGUGCUCCCGUCUACUUGGCUGCUGUGCUCGAGUAUCUGACCGCUGAAAUUCUUGAGUUAGCUGGGAAUGCUGCCCGCGACAACAAGAAAACCAGAAUUAUUCCCCGUCACCUGCAGCUGGCGGUGCGUAACGACGAGGAGCUCAAUAAGUUGCUGGGUGGCGUGACCAUCGCUCAGGGUGGUGUGUUGCCUAACAUUCAGGCCGUCCUUCUUCCCAAGAAGACCGAGAAACCAGCUAAGAGCAAUGAGGGGCAACCAUUGUGGGUGAAUGGCUGGCUAAAGGUUAACAGGAGCCUGAAAAGUGGACACCUUUACAUGUUUUUGGUCUUGGGCAAGUGGAGCAGGAGUAUGGAGAUGAUGCCUUCUAAGCCUAAAAACGGAUUUGUUGUAAAUUUCUUGAUUGUCUGUGAAAACAGUUUAUCUGAUAACAUAUACUUUAUAUCAGGCUGAGGAACCAUUGGGUGACUCAGGGGUUGGGAUCCUUGUGUGAGCUCAACCACUAGAGGUGGGGGGUGGUCCGUCCCCAAGGUAAACUCACGACCCAAGAAGUAAUAGCUGCGUAAUUGCCCAGUUGAUGGUGAGGGCCUCUCUCCAAUGCCAUGUACCUUGUCUCCCAGUGCAACAGUUUUCAGCUAAGGUACAUCAUGGGGUGAU